ACCGCGGCCACAGGGGGGCGGUGUGUAACUACUGUGAUUUAAAUAUUUUAUUGCAUUUUACAUUUACUAUUUGAUACGAGGUCUACUUCCUGUGACCACCAGGAUGAUUAUGAUCAUUAACUGAUCAUUAACUGAUCAUAAUGAUCACCAGAGGACAGUUUGUUAUACACACUAACACAGCGACCAUCGCUUCUCUGAGUUCUGCUGUGUUCAAUAAAGUUUAUUUAAAAAAAAAAAACACUCCGAAGGCAGAGUGACGUCUUUGACGCGCGACGCUGUCCACAGAGGAAGACACGCGUGUUAUCUGAACCAGGACCCGGAGCCGCUGAAAUUCAGUUUUCGGUCCGUUUAAACCCGGUGUGAUGGGGGACACGAGCCGGCUGUGCUCCGUGUGGCUGGGCUCGGAGACCGGCAUCUUGAAGGGGGUCAGUCUGUCCCGGAAACAGGCCUUCAACUUCUGCAACACGAGCCACCUGAGCCGAGACCAGGAGGUCCGCGCGCUGUGCUGGGGAGACCCGGCGGAGAGCGAGCUACUGGUCGGCUCCGUGGACGGAACCGUGAAGACCUUCAGCACCGAGAAGGGGGCCUUUACCGAGACCCGGCGCUGCGGAGACCCCGCCGAGGGCUGCUUCACCGGGCUGGCUGCGCUGACCGGCGGCGCGCUGGUCACCUGCGCGGAGUGCGGGACGCUGCGGGUGUGGAGGGAGGACAGCAGCGAGCCCGUUGCGGAGCUGGACGCGGGGAAGAACGUGUGCAGGAUGCGGCAGAGUCCGGUAAACCGACACAAAGUCGCAACCGGCGGGAAGGAGAACGGGCUGAAGAUCUGGGACCUGGAGAAACCCGAGAAGCCCGUGUUCGCCGCAAAAAACCUGCGGGACGACUGGCUGGAUCUACGGCGGCCGCAGUGGGUCAGAGACAUGGCCUUCAUCCCGGACUCGGACAAAGUGGUCACGUGCACAGGUUACCAUCAGGUCCACGUGUUCGACCCCUCCUCCCCUCAGCGGCGUCCCGUCCUGGAGGUCGAGUACGGCGAGCACCCGCUCACCGCUCUGUCUCUGCCCGCCGGCGGUAACACGGUGGCGGUGGGAAACACCCACGGCCAGAUCGCCCUGCUGGACCUGAGGAAAGGUGUGGUCCGCGGCUGUCUGAAGGGGCUGGCGGGGGGCGUGAGGGCGCUGCAGUGCCACGCCUCCCAGCCCGUGGUGGCGUCCUGCGGCCUGGACCGCUUCCUCCGCAUCCACAACCUGGAGGACCGCAAACUGCAGCACAAAGUCUACCUCAAGUCCCGCCUCAACUGCCUCCUGCUCGCCAGCAGAGACCUGGAGGACGGAGGGGGGGCGACGGGGGACCGGGGGUCUCAGGAGGUGAAGGAGGAAGAGGAGGGAGGCGACGAAGACGAGGUGUGGGACACCAUGGAGCGGGUGGAGGAGAAGACGAAGAGAAAAACAACGGAGGAGGAGGAGGAAGAGCUGCAGAAGAAGAAGAGCAAGAAGAAGAGAAAGAAAGGACAAGACUGAGGGGCGUUUGAGGUCUGCUCAGAGUGUGGGACAUUUGAACGCCGACAGUCAGACUGAAAGACAAGAGCUUCACCUUUCCGGGACAGAGUCAGCUGUUUGUUCACCUGAGGCUAAACUCUGUCGCUGCAAAUGUUUUUUACACAGCUGUGUCGUAUUUUAUUAAAAUAUUAUGAAACCAAA